AUGGCUGCUCUCAAAGCGGCGGCUGAGGCCGUUGAGGCUUCAGAGGCUCAAAACAAUGUGCCGCCUCACCGAUCGCAUGAUCCCGCGAACAAUCUGAAGCGAAGCGAUCCCUUCCAGUUUGGCAGCCGUUACCUGGAAGCCGGAGACGAUGUCUUCGAGUUCAAUGCCUGGGACCACGUCGAGACUGACGAUGCUUACAAGCAGUAUGCGGAGGGGCAGCUGGAGAAGCAGCGUCAGUCUCCCGUGUCCGACUUUGACAAGAACAGGUUCAACUCAAACCCGGCCAUGUGGUGGAACAAGUUCUACAAGAACAACACGGCCAACUUCUUCAAGGACCGCAAGUGGCUCCAGCAAGAGUUUCCCAUCUUGGCCGAAGUAACCAAGGAAGAUGCCGGACCACAACUCAUCCUGGAGAUUGGCGCAGGGGCGGGUAACACCGCCUUCCCGGUCCUCGCCAACAACAAGAAUCCUCUGCUGAAGAUUUAUGCGUGCGACUUUUCCAAGCAAGCCGUAGAAGUCAUGCGCAAUAGCGAAAACUAUGAUACCAAGCACAUGCAAGCCGAUGUCUGGGACGUCGCUUCAGACAGCCUCCCGCCCGACGUCGAGGAGGGUACAGUAGACCUGGCCAUUAUGAUUUUCGUAUUUUCCGCAUUGUCGCCCCGAGAAUGGACGCAGGCAGUGCGGAACGUUUAUAGAGCCCUGAAGCCCGGAGGAGUGGUCUGCUUCCGAGACUAUGGAAGAGGUGAUCUAGCUCAAGUCCGCUUUCGAAAGGGACGUUACAUGGAAGAGAACUUCUACAUCCGCGGAGACGGCACCCGCGUGUACUUUUUCGAUCAAGAUGAACUUGCCGGCAUCUGGUCAGGCCCGGAAGACGCCGAAGAGACGGACGUGCCACGAUUUGCGAUUGAGAAGCUUGGCGUUGACCGGCGUUUGCUCGUGAAUAGAGCUGAGAAGAUUAAGAUGUAUCGCUGCUGGCUUCAGGGGCAAUUUAGAAAGAAAUAG